AUGCCCAACGUCAGUCCUGCCGGCAAGCAUUCGCUCCAGGCCCGUCUCCUUCACGAAAUCAAAGAGAUAGAGAGCGACCCUUAUCCCAACGUCAUCUUUCAUUCAAACGAUUCAGUGACGGAAGCUUGUCUGAUACUCACCCCCGAUGGAGGAUGUCCGCUCCACCUUCGCAUGAAAUUGGCCGAUUAUCCACUGAAAGCACCUGUCGUAACAAUUCAGUCUCAGAUCGACCACCCCAACGUAUUUGACAGCUACAUAUGCGCGUCCAUUCUGAACACAGCGGAGGGUUAUACACCUGCAUACACGCUCAAGGGCAUCGCCAUCCAGCUGCUCAGUUUCUUUAAUAGCGAUAGCUUGGAGCAGGAUCAUGAGCGGCACAGCAUCACUCUCGGCUCAUACAAAGAUGGUUACGCGCGGGCACUGGGAAAGUUCUUCUGUAAAGAUUGCGCAUAUUCUGAGAUGGAUAUCGCGAACAAUAUCAAGUACAAUCGUAUCGGGCUUCAGAGUUACAUGAAGCCCCUGCCUUGGCUCCCCAAUAAAAUUGCGAAGACCGUGCAGAGCGAGCCUAGAGAGCCCGCCGGGUCAAAUCUCAUGGAGAUUGACGACAACGUCAAGCCUCUGAUGACCGGCAUGCUAGCUUUACCUGACGAGCUCCUUCUGCAAAUCCUCAAAGAUCUCCGUCCCGAACAACUCACUGUCCUGAGUCAAGCCUCCUCCCGUAUCAAAGCAACCCUGCAGUCCUACGACUUUCUCCGUCUCAGUGAGCUCAAAUGCUUCGUUCUCAAAGAGUCAUUCCUCUCCACUGCCCUCGGCAUCGGCGUCUCAAUCGUGAAGAGGGGUCAAACCGGCACACUCAGUUCCGAAUUCGACCUUGUUUCUCUGAAAGCCGUAGAGGAUUGUAGUAUUCACAAUUCCAUCCAUGGGCAACGCUUUCAAUGCUGGCUUCCUCUCGCCCUUUCGCCUCGGCAUUGGCGACGAGUACGCCGUUUACUCCCAGACAUUUUUGGAAAGAUGGCAAAAGAAGCAGGCCUUAAGGAGACCAAUGGAUUUGGAGUCCUGUCGCAUUUCCUGAGCGACAUCGUCGUGAAAUUCAGCCAGGCAACCGAGCAUGUCACUCCAAAACGGCACAACUACGGCAAUGCAAACAACAAGUCGACCCUCGCGCACGCAUCUGAGAAAGCAGUAGAAGCCUACUUCGCCCUCUUCCACCUCCUCCUCUCCCUCGCAGUCUGCAACCCCUCCAUCGUUCACACAGCCAACACAAUGAUCUCCUCCUUCCUCUCCACGCCCAGCGCGACCUCCAAAUCCGCCUGCCCCAAUCUCGGCAUCUUACUCACCGCCACCCUCAUCAGCUCCACGGGCCUCACCCCAACCCUCAUGCGCGCCAUCAUCAAAGAAGCCGUUUGCAGGAACGUCGUCUGGAUGCUCAACGCGCACCCUGAACUCGCUUACCUGGAGGCUGACCCCAUCUCGGAUUAUCGGCUCAAGAUGACCUAUAUGGCCUCGACGACUUCGUACAAUCUGCUCAUGUUCUGCAGCCUUUUCGCGCGCUGCGCUCGUCCUGAUCCGUCCGUUCCCCUCGCUAGCCUUCGCGAUAGCCUCUUCGAGACCCAUGGCGCCCCGCCGGCUGGAAUGGCGGAGUAUAUCGCUAGCGAGAUCAGACGCAUCAAACUUGUUGAUGCUUUUCCUGCGUUUAUGAAGGAGGUGGGGUUGGGCGCCGAGGGGGAUAUGCCGAGUAAAUCCGAGUUUACGGCGUUCUUGCGGAGGAUGGUGGGGGAGAGUGAGGGGAAAGGGUAUCAUGUGUGUAGGUAUACUCCUGUGCAGCUGGUAAGUAUGAGGGAGGAUAAGGAGCCAGGGAUUUUGGGGAGGGCAAAGACGGGGGCGGCGGCGGCGGGGAGGGGGGAGAGGGAGCUAAGGGUUAUGAGGGGACGGGAGCUGGGGGGUAUGAAUGCGUGGAGCUUUUUUCCCGGUUUGAAGGGGGGUGGGAAGGGUGAGGGGAAUGGGAAUGGGAAUGGGAAUGGGCGUGGUGCUCGUCUGGGGAUGUAUGGGGCGAAGUAUGGGAGGCGGUGA